UUGGCUGCCAAGGAAGCAAAGCUGCAUGACCUGGAGGACAUCCUGGCCAGGGAACGUGAGGGCAACCGGCGCCUCCUGUCCGACAAGGACCGCGAGAUGGCCGAGAUGAGAGCAAGGAUGCAGCAGCAGCUGGAUGAAUACCAGGAGCUGCUGGAUAUCAAGUUAGCCCUGGACAUGGAGAUCAAUGCCUACCGCAAGCUGCUGGAGGGAGAGGAGGAGAGGCUGAGGCUGUCCCCCAGCCCUUCCUCACACAAAGGAGCCUCCAGGAGCCACAUGUCCAGCUCAAGCUCCUCCAAGAAGAGGAAGCUGGAGGACAGUGAGAGCAGGACCAGCUUCUCCCACCACGCCAGGACCAGCGGCCGCGUCGGCGUGGAGGAGGUGGACCUGGAGGGCAGGUUUGUCCGCCUCAGGAACAAGUCCAACGAGGACCAGGCCAUGGGCAACUGGCAGAUCAAGAGGCAGAAUGGGGAUGAUCCUCCCAUCACCUAUCGCUUCCCCCCGAAGUUCACCCUCAAGGCUGGUCAGGUGGUCACGAUCUGGGCCUCAGGAGCUGGAGCAACCCACAGCCCUCCCAGCAACUUGGUGUGGAAGGCCCAGAGCACCUGGGGCUCUGGGGACAGCCUGAGGACAGCCCUCAUCAACUCCAACGGGGAGGAGGUGGCCAUGAGGAAGUUGGUGCGUACUGUGGUCAUCAAUGAUGAUGAUGAUGAGGAUGAUGAUGAGUUGAGCAUCCACCAUCGCCAUCACCAU